AUGACAUUCCAGUGUCCUUCGUGCGGGAAAGGUGGUUUCAAGGAUGAUGUAGCCGUUGCUCGGCACAUGAGCCAACCUCGCUCUGGCUGCAGUACAUGGCUGCAGGAUUUGAUAUGCUCGUGCUCUGAGUCUGAUAUGGACGAUGAACCUGUGAGUACUAAUACUAUGGACGACGGACCACAUACUAUUCCCGACAUCGAGACUGGUGGUUUUGGAGAUUGGGAUGAGAUGUUUGGAGGGAGUAGUAGUGAGCGCCAGGCUUACGAAGAGAGGACACCAACUCAUAACUCAGAAGUCAUCGACUCGUAUCCUGACUGCGCUCGAUCAUACGGCAGGGGCUACACGUUCCUCGACGUAUUCAAUUCAGACGAGAACAGCAGGCACCGUGCAACGAACCCGUAUUAUCCAUUCAGUGGCCAGAAAGACUGGGAAGUUGGGUCAUGGCUACUUCGCUCUGGAUUAAGCAUGGGGAAGAUAGACAGUUUUCUUUCGCUCGACAUGAUAAAGACCCUUCCGUUGUCGUUCCAUUCGGCCAAGGAGCUGCGUGGCAGAGCGGAAAUGUUGCCUAGUGGCCCGCGCUGGAUGUCUCAAGUAGUACCUACAGCACAUCCCACAAAAUCGCCCGUUGUCUUGUAUUGGCGUGAUCCCUUAGAUUGUAUUUCGGGCCUUCUCAACCACCCUGCCUUUCACGAUCAUCUAGACUUUACGCCUCGCAGGGUGUAUAGCACUGCGCAGCGGCUGUGCCGUGUAUAUUCAGAGUGGAUGACUAGUGAUGAUGCGUGGAAUAUGCAGUCGGCCCUACCAAGAGGUGCAACACUCCUGGGGACCAUCUUAUCGUCUGACAAGACGAAUAUAUCAACCAUGACGGGUGACAGAGUUGCACACCCCCUUCUGAUUAGUCUUGCCAACAUAGGCAUGUCCACGCGACUCAAGUCGUCUUCGAAUGCCUUUGUGCUUACCGCUCUACUUCCCGUCCCAAAAUUCAUCUACAAGAAAAAAUGCAUGCGAGGCGUACUUGAGGAUCGCCUCAUUCACGAAUGCUUAGAUAUUGUUCUCCGUCCACUCAAGCUGGCUGCUCGCGAAGGAGUCAUGCUAUCGGACCCUCCUCGCACACGAGCAACUACACUCUCCCAGCUGGACAUUGCGCGGAGUAAAGCUGAUCCCAACGACAUCGAGAUAUUUUUUCGCGAAGCACAGAAGUUUCGUUUGAAUGGCGUGAACGCACCAUUCUGGAUGGAUUGGGUCCUCAGUGAUCCAUCACAUUUUCUCACUCCCGAAUUUCUUCACCUCAUUCAUCGCGAGUUCUACGACCACGACGCAAAGUGGCUUAUUUGCGCAGUAGGUGAUACAGAGAUUGACUUUCGGUUCUCUGUGUUGCAGGCUGUCACUGGGUUCCGUCAUUUUCAUGGCGGGAUUUCAAAACUCAAACAGGUUACAGGACGUACUCAACGCGACAUUCAACGCUCGAUCGUUGCAGUCAGUGCGGAUGCAAUUCCUAGCGCAGUGAUGACUGCUGUACGAGCUCUGAUGGACUUUCGAUAUCUCGUACAGUCACCCGUAAUUGACGACAUCCUACUUGCCCGAAUUUCCACUGCACUUGAUCAUUUUCACGCUAACAAAGAUGCUAUUAUAGAGGGUGGAUUUCGUCGUGGUCAGCGUGGCGGCGUUAUCGAGAACUGGUACAUACCGAAGCUUGAGCUUAUGCAGUCCAUAGUUCCAAGCAUAAGGAACACUGGAGUUCCUCUGCAAUGGACAGCCGAUACCACGGAGCAUGCCCACAUAACGGAAAUCAAAAGUCCUGCUCGCUCGAGCAAUAAUAAUAAUUACGAUCCCCAGAUAUGUCGCCAUCUUGACCGUGCUGAUAAAUGCCGCCGCUUUGACCUCGCUAUGAGUCUGCUCGACAAUGUCCCAGACUCAGGGCAGCAGGAUCCAGAUGACGAUGAGAAGGAUGAGAAUGUUGAUUUCGACGUGGACGACGAUCGCGAUAUCCCAGCAGACCUUCUUACGACAAUGAAACACCCUGGACAUUCGCAUCCAAUCACAAAUUACUUCGGAAUUGCCAAGGUCCUCCAGCACAGGGAAGUGGGGACAGUCCCUGUGCCAGUGCGCUCGUUCGUUGUCGAACGCACAGCGUUUCACCUCACCUACGAUCCUUCUAUCAGAAACAUAUCUGUUGAUGAUGCUGCCAUCAAGUUUGGUCUUCCUGACUUACGACCAGCUAUUGCCGACUUUCUUCGUCGUGAGGCUACUCAUGGGAGGGAUCACAUACAUACUAUUGGGGGGGCUAGAAGAGCUGGACCUACUGCUUCACUUCCCUUCGACAAACUUCAAGUCUGGUUUAAACUUCGGGUGCAGGACACCGAUUUCCACGAUGCUAGCAUCAUACGGCCUGCGCAGACCCUCAAUUGUGCACCUCCUUCUGAUCCCUGGACAUGUGGCCGGUAUGACACAGUCAUCAUUAACAAUGAGGCGAGGUACUUAUGGCCAGAAGAUGGUCUUCGUGGUCAUACGAUUGGCCAAAUCAGGCUUAUCAUGCGUGCUGUUGGAAAAAGUGGCACAAAUUGGUCAUGGAAGGACCACUUUCUGGUUUACGUGCAUCGCUUUGACAUUGUUCCUCAAAGCUCCGGUGCUGAUGAUCGUGAGCCAAGUACGCAGCUCCACUUGCUCAAACGAGCGAAGCGUUCGAAUGGCACUUGGGUGGGCGAUGUCAUACCUGUGACACAGCUCAGAGCACCUGUUAACCUUGUCCCUCGCUUCGGUGCAAGUGCGGACAACCGUCUCACCCCAUAUAAUAGCAUGGAACAUGCUUCUCAGUUCUGGCUCAACAGGUAUUGGGAUAAGAAUGUAUAUUUUCCCCUUUCCAUGUAG